GGUUCCGACAGUCAAGAUGGCGGGAGUAGCCACCCAGGCGUCCCUGGAGUCGGCCCCACGGAUCAUGCGGCUGGUGGCCGAAUGCAGCCGCUCCAGGGCCCGGGCAGGCGAGCUGCGGCUGCCUCAUGGGACAGUGGCAACUCCUGUGUUCAUGCCAGUGGGCACGCAGGCCACCAUGAAGGGCAUCACGACCGAGCAGCUGGACGCUCUGGGUUGCCGCAUCUGCCUGGGCAAUACCUACCAUCUGGGUCUAAGGCCGGGACCCGAACUGAUCCAGAAAGCCAACGGUCUCCACGGCUUCAUGAACUGGCCACAUAAUCUGCUAACGGACAGCGGCGGUUUCCAGAUGGUGUCGCUGGUGUCUCUGUCCGAGGUGACUGAGGAGGGCGUCCGCUUCCGCUCUCCCUACGACGGCGGUGAGACCCUGCUGAGCCCAGAGAAAUCCGUGCAGAUCCAGAACGCGCUGGGUGAGAGGACCCUGGGGAGCCGCCCCCUUACCCUGUCUCCCUCACCUUACCCUGUACCCUCAGAGAUGACCAAGCGGGAUGUGCCUGGCUUCGCCAUCGGGGGCCUGAGUGGGGGUGAGAGCAAGUCGCAGUUCUGGCGGAUGGUGGCGCUGAGCACCUCUCGGCUGCCAAAGGACAAGCCCCGAUAUCUGAUGGGGGUCGGCUAUGCCACUGAUCUGGUAGUCUGCGUGGCUCUUGGAUGUGACAUGUUCGACUGCGUCUUCCCCACACGGACAGCGCGUUUUGGCUCUGCCCUGGUGCCUACUGGGAACCUGCAGUUGAGGAAGAAGGUGUUCGAGAAGGACUUCGGCCCCAUAAACCCGGAGUGCACCUGCCCCACGUGCCAAAAGCACAGCCGCGCCUUCCUGCACGCACUGCUGCACAGCGACAACACGGCCGCGCUGCACCACCUCACGGUCCAUAAUAUCGCCUACCAGCUGCAGCUCAUGAGCGCCGUCCGCGCCAGCAUUGUGGAGAGGCGCUUUCCAGACUUCGUGCGGGACUUCAUGGGCACCAUGUACGGGGAUCCCACGCUCUGUCCCACCUGGGCCGCCGAUGCGCUGGCCUCUGUGGGAAUCACGCUGGGCUGACCUGGCACUGGGAGAGGGAGGGAGAGAGGGAGGGAGGGGCCGGAAGAUACUGAAGGAUUUCUUUUUGGAAGGUUUUUUUUUAUUGUAACUUA